AUGGAGGCCAAUCAGACCAAGGCCGAGUUCCUAUGUUUCAAAAUCCCUGAGUUCAGGAGAUGUCCGCCUUGGGCCAGUCAAACCAACCUUCUAAUUGAUGACAUAUGUGAGGAGUUAGAUGAGAUGCAGCCAUUGUGGGAGGAAGUCUUACCGCCUGACUUUGAUGUUGAAAGGGACACACCUAUAACUGUCUCACAAGCCACACAACUCUGCCGUGCAGUGGCAAAACGUUGUGUUGACAUCAAGUGUUUUUUACUUUGGGAAACACACUGGUUGCUAAAGCAGGAGUUCCGAGAGAGUGGUGUAAGGCCUAGAGAUUAUUGGACCUACUGGGGGGUGGGGCGUGCAUCAGACUGGGCCUACUGGGGAGUUAGACAAUGA